CAUGAACGCUCCCACGCCCGGCUCCGGACCGGAGCCCAAGCCUCAGCCGCAGCCGGUGCCCCAGCCUCAUCGGGAGUUGGUGUCAGAACAGGUGUCGGAGCCAGUUUCUGAGCGGGCGCCAGGAUCGGAGCCUGUGCCCAAGAAGAUGUCUGAGCCUAGGCCAGGGUUCAGACAGGAACUGGAACUGCUGCCAGCGCUGGGGACCGGGUUGGGGCCCCGGGAAGAGUGGGGCUCAAACCCGGGGCCUGGGCCCCCCACCAAGGCCCCCUUUGAGCAGGUGCCGGCGCUGGGGCCAGCAGUGGGGAGCGUGCCCCUGAUCAAACCGGAGUCAGGGUUGUUGCCGGCAUCAAAGGCCCCGCGCCCGGGGCAGGUGAAGACACACCUUGGGAUGGUAGUGCCCGGGAGCAACUCUCCGUGCGUUGUCCCCAUGGUCUCACUUCCUCUGGACAGCUUCAAGGGCUGGCUUCUCAAGUGGACCAACUACCUGAAGGGCUACCAGCGCCGCUGGUUCGUGCUCAGCAAUGGCCUCCUGUCUUACUACAGGGUAUGCAUUCACUUACGCAUGCAGUGAUAGAGAUCAUCGAUGAUUUGCUAUAAAGAAGUGUCACCCUGUCUUCUUACAGGUAAAGGACGUAACACAUAGGGCAUGUUGACUGUAGACCACACUCUCUGUCUUAUGUUCAUUUAUUUCAUCUCCGAAAUCACACUGUGAGGUGGGUUCUGGGAUUGUCUUCUUGUGCAAAUGAGGAGUCCUGAGGUUAACCAGAGGGACGUGUCUUGUCCAGAGCCACUGGACCAGGUAGGCAGUGGAGAGAGUCUGACCUGGGCCCUUUGCGCUCCAAAGUCUGUGCCUGUCCCAGAUGUGAGGACUGACGCCAGUUCAAACUUGAGUUCAGCAUUUCUGAGUUAUCUGUGUCUUCCCAGGUACUACUGAGGGUCAGUAGUCGGGGUCAAGGUAAUGUUUAUGAGUCUAGGGUCCCACCGUGGCAGGAAGGCCUAGUUGUAGUGGAAAACCUGACCUUAUGUGUUUUUGUUUUGUUUUAAUCAGUAGAACAAAAGUGUCCCCCCCUUUUUUUUAGGAUAUUAAUAACUAUGUAUAGACAGUUGGCUUUUCAAGGUAACUUGAAAUGUCUAGAUUCUCUGGGUAGUGAAGGAAAAUUUUUCUUGUUUGCUGAUUAGGUUGAGGGGACAAGUACUGGUUUAGGGGAGAGGAAGGGGUGGGAACAAGUUUUCUUGUGUGUGUGUUUGCACAGUCCAGCUCUGUAGUUUGAUUUGUGGAUGUUUCUAGAUUUCAAGGUGGGCCAAAUUGUUGCUGCAGUUGCUUGGGUGGGAUGAAUGAUCCUUGAAGUUUAUACAGCUUUCUCCCUCCUUUAGCCCUAUAUGAGCCUGCUAUGCAGAUGUUCCCAGUCCCAUUUUACAGGAAGGGAAAUUGAGGCUGAAUAGUGAGCUUCAUGGGUGGUGUAUCCCGAGGUGCCCAGCCCAAAGGCCGUGUCUCCAGUGCCAUAGAAGCCGAGUUAGUCUCCAAGUGCAGAAAAGGCCCUUCUGCAGUGGAAUCACACCUCACUUCUCCCCUGUGCUCCAGUUCUGCCUUCUGGAAGACACUUUGCUUCCCCUCAGGCCUCCCAGUGCCUCAGGUGUUUGACACCACUCUGCUGUCCCUGCUUGUGGUCUGAAUCCUGCCUUCCAGACCAGGCCUGGCCAUCCUGCCUGCUGGGCUCAGGGGCUGAGCACCCUCCAGGCCUGCCGCUCACAGUCUUGACAGCUCAGGGUGGGUUAUCUGGGCCUCCAUCUGCAUCCAGGUCCUUGGCUCUCUAAGUGUGUGUGGCUGGAAUAGAGGCAAAUUCUGGUGCUUGUGAGUUGCAAACAGAUUGAGAGAACUCCUUUUUCAUGAUCUUUCUUUCU